AUCGCCCCUUUAAGAGCGGCGCCCGCGGGCGACGGGGAGGUGGCGGGCGGGGGCGCGCGCGGCGGGAGGAGGGGGCGCGCGCUUCCCGGAACAGCCCGCGCUGAGGGAAGAGAGGAAGAAAAUAAAACCCGCGGCCGGAGCCAAAGCUGGAGCUGCCGCCGCCGCCGUCUCGGCCGUCUGGAGCUCCCCCGCGCGGACGAUGCCCGCGAUGCCCGCGCGGGGCUCGGGGCGGUGAGGCCCGGGGCGCGGGGUAGCUAUGGCGACCGGGAGCGCGGCCCGCGGCGCCGCCUGACAGGUGUGGGGCCCCGGCGGCGGCGGCGGCGGCACGGAGCAGCAUGUACGCCAAGGGGGGCAAGGGCUCGGCCGUACCCUCCGACAGCCAGGCACGAGAGAAGUUGGCGCUGUACGUGUAUGAGUACCUGCUGCACGUUGGUGCCCAGAAGUCAGCCCAGACCUUUCUGUCCGAGAUCCGAUGGGAGAAGAACAUUACGCUGGGGGAGCCCCCGGGCUUCCUGCAUUCCUGGUGGUGCGUGUUCUGGGACUUGUACUGUGCAGCGCCCGACCGCAGAGAGGCGUGCGAGCACUCGAGUGAAGCCAAGGCCUUCCAGGACUAUAGCGCUGCAGCGGCCCCCAGCCCGGUGAUGGGGAGCAUGGCUCCCAAUGAUGCAAUGGCAUCAGGCCCCAUGGCACCCGGCUUCUUCCAGCCCUUCAUGUCACCGCGGUUCCCAGGGGGCCCUCGGCCCACCCUGCGGAUGCCGAGCCAGCCUCCCGUGGGCCUACCCGGCUCCCAGCCCCUCCUCCCUGGCGCCAUGGACCCCUCCCCACGUGCUCAGGGUCAUUCGAGCAUGGGCCCGAUGCAGAGGGUGACGCCUCCUCGGGGCAUGACCAGCGUUGGGCCCCAGGUAAGGGCUGGGCCCAGGCGACAGGGGAGCUUCAGGGGCUGCCCUCUCUCGGCUUGCCCUCUCACGGCCCCUUUACCUUCACAGAGCUACGGAAGUGGCAUGCGGCCCCCACCCAACUCUCUUGCUGGCCCGGGUUUGCCCACCAUGAACAUGGGACCCGGAGUGCGUGGCCCAUGGGCCAGCCCCAGUGGCAACUCGAUCCCCUACUCCUCCUCAUCCCCUGGCAGCUACACGGGACCCCCAGGAGGAGGUGGGCCCCCUGGAACACCCAUCAUGCCCAGCCCUGGAGACUCCACCAACUCCAGUGAGAACAUGUACACCAUCAUGAACCCCAUCGGGCCAGGCGCCGGCAGGGCUAAUUUCCCGCUUGGCCCUGGUCCGGAGGCCCCCAUGGCCGCCAUGAGUGCGAUGGAGCCUCACCAUGUAAACGGAUCCCUGGGCUCGGGCGAUCUGGACGGGUUGCCGAAGAGCUCCCCCGGCGCCGUGGCCGGCCUGAGCAACACCCCGGGCACCCCGCGGGACGACGGCGAGAUGGCGGCCGCCGGGACCUUCCUGCACCCGUUCCCGAGCGAAAGCGUAAGCGACUGCGUCGACUCCCCCCCCGCGGCGGCGUCGGGCCGGAGGGGCCUGGCGGGCAGACCCCGGCGGGGCGGCCGGGGGGCCAGAGCAAGACCGUGACCGCGGCGGGCCAGUACUCCCCCGGGAUGACCAUGAGCGUGUGAUGGGGCCGCAGCCCCUUGCCCACUGCCGACCUCGGCUUCUGCCCAGCGCCCCUGCCCGGGGCCAAGGUCCAGGGGCUCGGGUGGUCUGCAGGGUGAGGGUCUGAGGUCACACCGCGGGCAACUGGACUCCCGGUCAAGGCUUGGAUGGCUGGGAGGCCCCGCGCGAAGGACUCAUUUUAUAAAAAACACAAGGACCUCAGAGACGUUCUUUCCUGUAUGGGCCCCUCCCGCCAUUUCUGUUUUGUCCAGGGGGCUCCUUGGGGGACUUCUUUUCCCCUGGAGAGCAGGGGUGGGCCCCAUCAAUAAACAUAACUCGAUUUUGGUUUUUGGCA